CUAAUUGACCUUAGAGAGCCUUCCCCACUCAUGUCUAAGGUCAAUAGUUCGAUGACAAGAGUCGACACCGGGGAGAACAAACUUUAUCAACCCUCUUUGACCUCAAAAUUAUCAACAUCAAUGCCAAAAUACAGACAAAAUUUUGCAAUGAAUGAUGAAGUGCUUCAUGUAAUAAAUAACAAAAACCUACAUUUGUCUAGAAUAAGAAACAAACGUACAGUUCUAGAAUUAAAUCCUUUUAAGGAUCGGGAAAAUACCACAGAUGAAUACUCCAACCCUUUGACUAUGAGAAGAAAAAUUAAAAAAACUCUUAUAAGACGCUUGGGUCCGAUACAGGAGAAACAAACAAAUCAAAUGCUGACCAUUAAUAAUAAUGGUCCUCACAGAUGGCAUGUUGUUGUAAGAAAGCGAAAACCUAUUGUAAACAGCACAGAACUAUACGCUCUGGAAUCUGAUUUAGUACCAGAAUUGUUGUUAUCGAUGCUAUCACCAACAUCACUUAACAUAAGAAACUCAUCAUUAAAAACUUCUUCAGGCUAUCACAUAAUACCCUCGCAAGAAGAAAAAACAAUAAAAAAUUCAAUCACACUAUUAAAAAUGCCAAAUAAUGAAACAGUGUUCAGCUCAAAGCGUCAAGAAGCACUGCUACCAACAUCACUUCCUAUACGAAUGGGUCGGAGAUGUAACUUAAGAAAAUGCUCGCGGCUAGAAGUCAAAAAGAAAACUCUUAAAGCAAAAUUACAACAACAACCUUCAAAAACGCAAAUAACACUUCAAUCUGCCUCGAAAGAAACAAUUACUGUGAUUGAAACAUCCACUCUGAAAGAGACCUCAUUAUCCGUUGAAACAAUAAUUGCUCCAAAGACAUAUACGUACAUCGUAGAACGUGUUCAUGAAAAUGAACAUCAAAUUCAAUCAUCGUCGUUAGUACGUUACAAGACGCAAAUGAUAACUCAUACCAUCUUUAAAACAAACACAAUACUCUUGACAAAUACUCAACUUAUUAAGCCAACGAAAUACGAUUUACUUGAUCAAAUGUUUUGAGUUAUUUAAAAAAUGGUAAAUACUCGUAUGUGUGUACAAAACGUCAUUCUAAAUGGUUUUUAUUAUUAAUAAUUAUUAUUAAUUUCUGAUUAAAUACUUUCUAAAACGACGUAAAAGUAUAAGAAUUGAAGAUUAAACACCCUGAAUGAGUUAAAAAUUCAAAACUUAAAAAUUUGUUCACGGGCUUCUGGAAUCUUCAAAACAGGAUAGAGAUAUAUUUUCUUUCCAAAAAAAAAAUUAAUUUUUUUGUAUGUGAAAAAUUUAACACAAAUUCCCGCAUCUAAUAUCAACUUUUCGAAAAAUUGUAACCGACUAUUCAACUUUAAACAAAAAAUAAACCCUUUUGAACUUGGAAUAGCACCUCAAUGAAAGUUCGAUGAAGUUUCGUCUUCAAAUAUUACCCAACCUAAAUAAUAAAUGUAAUUCGUAAGCAAAAUAACGAUAAAGACAGAAUAUUAUAAUAGUAACACUACGAAAGUAAGCACAGCAACCCAUUCCAAAAACAAAUGGUUGAAUAAAAUAUAACAAGUUUAAGUUUAAACGAAAAUGGACGACAAUAAGCAACAUCUAUAUUAGAGCCAAUACCUUAACUAAUUAUAUUUUAUCUAACAACUAAACUCAUAAUCAAACGUAAAAAUGUAAAUUUAAAAAAAUAUAUAUAAAUACAAUUGUUAGUUUCAAUUUUUAUGUUUGUAUUGUUAAAGUUUCUUGUAAAAAUAGUAUAGUUAGUUACCUAUGUAUAUUGAAUUUCUUAAGUGUUAAAGAUAAAUUUCUUUACACGCUUUUAUUCAUAAGACGCCAAAUUCAUCAGAAAUAAUCUUUAAUAAUAAUAAUGUUUGUAUGUAAAGUAGUGUUUAAUAAUAGUUAUUUUAUCUAAUAUUUCUGCCAUAAUUUUAUGUUUGAUUAAUUUUAAUUUAAAUCAAAUUUGUAUACAUAAAUUAAAUUAUCUGUGUAAAUAUAUAAUAUAUUAACAAAAGGAA